AUGGAGCCGGUAGAGACCUGGCACCCCCGGAAGGUGGCAGCUUGGCUGAGAGGACUCGAUGACUCCCUACAGGACUACCCCUUUGAGGACUGGGAGCUGUCUGGCAAGUAUCUACUCCAGCUCUGUCCCCACAGCCUCGAGGCUCUGACUGUGUGGCCUCUGGGCCAUCAGGAGCUCAUUCUGGACGGGGUGGAACAACUCUGGGCCCUGAGCUCUGGGCUACAGACAGAGAAUCUACAGAGGCUGACGGAGAGGCUUCUGGAGGAGACCCAGGCCUUCAAGAGCUUAGUCCAGGGCCACCUGGGGGACUGUGUGGAGACCCCUGCCGAUGUUCUCAGUGCGGCUGUGGAGCUACUGUGUGAGGCCCGUGCCCUCCUUUUCUGGCUCAAUAGGUACCUCUUCUCUCACUUAAAUGACUUCUCCACCUGCCAGGAGAUCGGGUUGUUAUGUGGGGAGCUGAGCCAGGUCUUGCAGGAGGACUGCUCAGAGGCUGAGAAAGAGAGCAAAGUCCUGAGGAUCUGCAGCCAUGUGGCUGGGAUUUGCCACAACAUCCUGAGCUGCAGCCCACAGGAGCUGCUGGAGCAGAAGGCCGUGCUAGAGAAGGUGCAGCUGGAUGAUCCUUCGGGCCUGGAAAUCCACACCACCAGCAACUGCCUGCACUUCGUGUCCCAAGUAGGCACCCAGGUGCCCCCUGACUCCCAACUGCAGAUCCUGCCUGGAGAUGAGGUUGUCCAGAUCAAUGAGCAGGUGGUGGUGGGCUGGCCCCACAAGAAUGUGGUGAGGGAACUGCUGCGGGAGCCAGCUGGAGUCAGCUUAGUGCUAAAGAAGAUCCCAGAGCCAGAGCCCCCCAAACAGAUGUUCCUGGACUGCCCACACCUGGGAACCCAAUCACUGGCUGUAGCCCCACUGUCUACCAGGGACCCAUCUGAAACUGUCUUUGCCUUUGAUCUCACUUCAAACCCAAGUCCUGCACCCAGCCAUACCUGGACAGACUCUAGCUCCCCUGAUCCUGAACAUCUGUCCAGUCCCCCUGCAUCUCCAGCCACAUUCCCAGCAGGAAUAGCAGAGCCUCCAGGGUCCCCAGGACACCCUGACAAGAAUCCUGUCCUUGGUCAGAAGAAAUCAAAAGGCGUGGCGACAAGGCUGAGCCGCAGGCGGGUGUCAUGUCGGGAGCUGGGCCGUCCGGACUGUGAUGGCUGGCUCCUACUGCGCAAGGCACCUGGCGGCUUCAUGGGUCCACGUUGGCGCCGCUGCUGGUUUGUGCUCAAGAGACACACACUCUACUGGUACCGCCAGCCCCAGGAUGAAAAGGCUGAAGGCCUCAUCAAUGUCUCCAACUAUAGUCUGGAAAGUGGACAUGAUCAGAAGAAAAAAUAUGUGUUCCAGCUCACUCACGAUGUGUACAAGCCCUUCAUCUUCGCAGCUGAUACCCUGUCUGAUCUGAGCAUGUGGGUGCGUCACCUCAUUACCUGCAUUUCUAAGUACCAAUCUCAAGGCCAAGCCCCCUCAGCCCGAGAGGAAGACUGCUACAGUGAGACCGAAGCAGAAGACCCUGAUGAUGAAGCUGGGUCCUGCUCAGCCUCACCCAGCCCGGCUCAAGCCUGGAGUCCACUCCAUGGAGACAUGUCACCUGUACCCUCCCCGAUGCAGCAGCACAGCCCACAGACCUCCUUUGGUGCUUCCACAGACAGCAGUGAAGGGACACUGGAAGGAAUGGUUCAGGGGCUGAGGCAGGGUGGCGUAUCCCUCCUGGGCCAGCCACAACUCCUGACCCACGAACAGUGGCGGAGCUCUUUCAUGAGGCGCAAUCGAGACCCCCACCUCAACGAGCGAGUACAUCGUGUGCGGGCACUGCAGAGCACACUCAAGGCAAAGCUUCAGGAAUUGCAGGCCCUGGAGGAAGUGCUGGAUGACCCGGAGCUGACUGGAGAGAAGUUUCGGCGUUGGAAGGAACAGAACCAGGAGCUAUACUCAGAGGGCCUAGGGGCCUGGGGAGUGGUUCAGGCUGAGGGCAGCUCCCCAGUCCUGCCCUCUGAUUCCAUAGAACAGUCCCCACAACCCCUGCCCUUGGACCCCGAGGAGCCCUCCCAUCAAUGCCCCUUGACCCCAGAGAACAACCUCCCACCUCCUGACCUCUGAUCCUGGCCUGUACCCUAGCUCCUGACCUCUGUAUCUGAGGACUAUCUCGUCCUCAGUCUCUGACAUGUCUAAAAUAGCACAUCUCUGCUUCUCUUCAAGGCUGGAAGUACUGAUAGUCCAUGGUUGCACCCCAAGCUGACCCUCUGCCUGGGCUUCUACAGUUUCUGCUCCCAUCUUAGUUGGAGUGAGACAAAGUGAGCUUUGUGCCACCCUCCUUCCUGUGAGGAGGAAAUUCUCCCACCAUCCUCAGAUCUUGGGGCACAGCCCACCUCCCUUAAUCCCUUGGCAGUGCUCCCUUCUCCAAACCAGGUCUGGACAGGAGUUUAUUCUACAGAGGAGACACUUUUCCACUGAAUAAAGUUGAUUUCUCUAAAAUUAAUCUGUGUGCCUUUACUUUAGAAUUGGGAAUCUGUCCCCCAGAGGGAUGAAAAACUAGACUGGGGUGAAUGCUGUCUGCCAGGUGCAGGUGACAAGCCUAAUUCUUGGCCCCAUAGACCUGGGCUCUGCACCUGAAGCACCUGCCUACCAGGAUGCGGGACCCUAGUCCAUGACUAGGGAGGGCUGCUGUUCAUACUCAUGUCUCCUAGCCCUUUGGAGGCCAGAGGUGUGUCCUAUCCCACCCCUAGGGAGGACAGUGAGAAAUUGUCACUUAGUAGAUAAAGAAACCUACCUGGUAAGGAAGAGCAGGGUGGGGAGGCUGGGAGCCAGGGUAGCUGGAGGGAAGGGGGGGCUCUGCCUAGGGAAGUUCCUGGCACAAAACCUCUUCCCUCUUCACCUGACCUCACCUCAGCACCUAGAUCCAGAGCAGGAACACAUCUCUUAACUCCAUCUAGGCACAGGAGACCUGACCUAUUCCCACCAGCCUUUGACCUCUGACCCCAGCCAGGCAGCAAAGGAGGGGGCUGUGGGAGAAGUUGCUCUAGAGUUUGAAUGCCUUGGAAUGUGGAAGGCUGGGGGAGUCACAGCCACCUCUGUGAUCUCACCACGAGGGGGAGCUAGACCCACUUCUGUGAAGUUUCUUUCAAUAGGAGGAGUGGACAAGCGCAAAGAUGACUGAUCAAAAUGCCUGGUGGCAGCAAUGGACAGACACUCACAACAUCAAACAUUCCUUGGUAGGGGUCCCCUGCCUGGCUCCACCUCUGAGCUGGCAUCCUGGGAUGGGCAGGGGCAGUGGCUGCACUAAGAGCCUGUUCCUCUCUCCUGCAGAGGAGCGUGUACCAGCCCAUCGGUGGGCACC